AUGACCAUGGAGGAAGCAGAGAAGCUGCAGAGCAUGCUGAGCAUGCUGACACCCACCGACAUGCAAACUGGGGCAGAGGGAAUAAAGAUCAUCCAUGAGGAUGGUUUCUCCGGUGACGAUGUCAAGCAGUACAAGCCUGUUGUGUACAGCAACACCAUCCAGUCACUGGCAGCGAUUGUCCGUGCCCUGGACACCCUGGGUAUCGAGUAUGGUGACAAGGAGAGAAAGGCUGAUGCUAAGAUGGUGUGCGAUGUGGUCAGUCGGAUGGAGGACACAGAGCCAUUCUCCCCGGAGCUGCUGGCAGCCAUGAUACGGCUUUGGACAGAUUCUGGGCUUCAGGAAUGUUUCGGCCGUUCCCGCGAAUACCAGCUUAACGACUCUGCACAAUAUUAUCUAGAAUGCUUAGAUCGAAUCGGAGGGCCUGAUUAUCAGCCCACAGAGCAGGAUAUCCUUCGAACCAGAGUGAAGACCACUGGCAUCGUAGAAACCCACUUUACAUUCAAAAACCUCCAUUUCAGGCUCUUUGAUGUGGGGGGUCAACGGUCAGAGAGAAAGAAAUGGAUCCAUUGCUUUGAAGAUGUGACAGCGAUUAUUUUCUGCGUGGCACUGAGCGGCUAUGAUCAGGUGCUUCACGAGGAUGAGACCACGAACCGCAUGCACGAAUCUCUUAUGCUGUUUGACUCCAUCUGUAAUAAUAAGUUCUUCAUCGACACCUCCAUUAUCCUUUUCCUGAACAAGAAGGACUUGUUUGCGGAGAAGAUUAAGAAGUCGCCUCUCACAAUCUGUUUCCCUGAGUACACAGGUCCCAACUCUUACGAGGACGCUGCCGCCUACAUUCAAGCACAAUUUGAGAGUAAGAACCGUUCCCCCAAUAAGGAGAUCUACUGCCACUUGACCUGUGCUACAGACACCAACAACAUCCAAGUGGUCUUCGACGCCGUCACCGAUAUCAUCAUCGCCAACAAUCUCCGAGGUUGUGGUUUAUACUGACUCUCCUUUACAGCGGCACGUUCGGUGAUGAUUAUUGAAUGCAAGAUGGUUAAUAAAGGCAUAACGUAUAUAAUUCCUUUUAGUUGUUAUCAUCAGCUGCCGACAGAACUAGAGCCCUGAAGCCUGUAGCCUUAUCGCGAAACUUGUACACGGUUUAACCCUUCACAGGAUUUUCUGCUUAGUGGGGGGGAGGGGGGUGGGGGGGA